UACAUUCUGUGCUGAGCGCCCGUGUGUGUUGUGCUUUGGUGGGUUUGAGUGGUGGAAUGAGAGAUUUGUGUGAUGUGUCGUUAGGUCGAAACGGUCGAGUCGGGUCGGGUCGUGUACCUUUUGCCACGAAUGUUUUGCCAGUCAGGCUCUAAAAGGCCUUAUGAAAACAGUAAAUAUUUCGCUGCUCGCAUGACGCGCAUUUUUUCCGAAUCUCUGAACAAAGUUAUUUUUUAUUUCUACAUGCGUAGAUAUGCCAAGAAGGAAAACAACUGAAAUUUUACAAAGUGUGUGCAAGUCUUGUAAAGUUUUCGGUUGUAGCGCACGGACACAAAUUCAUAAUUGACGAAAUAAAAAAUAAAUUCAGUAAAAUACGCGCGCGGUGCGACUAAAAAUUUCGAGUGCUGUAUAGUUUUGAAUAAAAAUAAAUAUAUUUCAUAUAUUUUGCAGCGCGGCAACGCGACAACCUACAAGACGUGCGUGCAAGAAAUUUUUGCUCGAUCAGAAAUUAUGAUAAAGUGAAAAAUAUUGCAUGUGAGUGUUUUGUUAAAAAAUUCAUCAUACAAAAAAUGAGUACUGGUUGAUGAGAAUACAUAAAGAAUUUUCGCAAAAAAAAAAAAAAAUACCAAUAAAACAAUUUUGCAGUGUUGCGAUCACUUUUCUGCAAAAUCACGUUUGAAAGUAAUAAAAAGGAUUAUAGCGACGCUUGGUGUGAUUGAACACGCAAACAUAUAUACGUGACGUGCAACUAUAUACACGAACCUAGCGCCUGGUACAGCCAGCCAAACGGUCUCGUCCCGUUUCGUGUUGACGAGAUACCGGCAAAGUGCAUACUUCAUUCCCCCCUUACGCCCCGCAAGCCGCCAAAAUUAUCACCCAUAAUUCUUUGAGCGUGUACGGUGGCGGCGUCAUGUGCGCCUCACCGUCCACCGCUCCCGGCUUCUUCAAUCCACGCCCGCAAUCCGGCGCCGAGCUGUCCGCCUUCGAUCUCGGCCUACCGCGCUCCAUGGCAUUGGGCGUACCACCACCCUCUGCAUGGCAUGAUCCCAACCUCGGAGGUCAUCUGCACGCUUCCGCUGGACCCGGCUCAUUGGCCGGUGCAGCAGGCGCGGGUGGCAGCUCUGUGGGUACCGGCGGCGGUACGACACCAUCCAGCGUCGCCAGUCAACAGUCGGCGGGCAUCAAGCAGGACCUCUCCGGUCUGACCGGUGGCCAAUCGAAUGCACUCAACCAAAGCGGACACCACACAAUCAAAGAGGAUCUCUCCAGUCUUACGGCAGCUUCGGCGGCGGCCAGUGCGGCAGCGCACCAUGCGGCGACCGCACAUCAUGCGGCGGCGGCGCAACAGAAUCACGGACAGGAGCUGGGCGUUAUGAUCAAAGGCCAACAGACGGCGUCUAGUUGCUUGGGCGCCGGCAGUGCGGCGGGCGGUGGAGGUGGCGGCGGCGGCGGUGGCGGCAGUACAACGCCUAGUUCUCAGGCAAAUAGCCUGCACUCACAAAGCAGCAACAGCGACUCCAAGCAGAACUUGGACUGCAAACAGAACAUCGAGUGUGUGGUGUGCGGGGACAAGAGCUCCGGCAAGCACUAUGGACAAUUCACCUGCGAAGGCUGCAAAUCAUUCUUCAAGCGCUCAGUGCGACGCAACCUCACCUACUCGUGUCGGGGGAGCAGAAAUUGCCCGAUCGAUCAACACCAUCGCAACCAAUGUCAAUAUUGCCGUUUAAGAAAGUGCCUGAAAAUGGGAAUGCGACGCGAAGCUGUUCAACGCGGUCGUGUGCCACCUACUCAGCCCGGUUUGGCCGGUAUGCAUGGGCAGUAUCAGCUCGCCAAUGGUGACCCCAUGGCAGUCGCCGGCUUCAACGGUCACUCCUAUCUAAGUUCCUACAUUUCACUGCUCUUGCGUGCCGAACCUUACCCAACGUCCCGCUAUGGUCAAUGCAUGCAGCCGAACAAUAUAAUGGGUAUUGAUAACAUCUGCGAACUGGCCGCACGCCUACUCUUCUCUGCCGUGGAGUGGGCCAAGAAUAUCCCGUUCUUUCCCGAGCUGCAAGUGACGGACCAAGUAGCGCUGCUGCGUCUAGUCUGGUCCGAGUUAUUCGUCUUAAAUGCGAGUCAAUGUUCGAUGCCGCUGCAUGUGGCUCCGCUAUUGGCCGCUGCUGGUCUUCACGCCUCGCCGAUGGCGGCGGAUCGCGUGGUUGCAUUCAUGGAUCACAUACGUAUCUUCCAGGAACAGGUGGAAAAACUGAAGGCGCUACACGUCGAUUCGGCGGAAUACUCCUGUCUUAAGGCGAUCGUGCUCUUCACCACCGGUAAGUUGCUGGAUAUCCUCUACAAGGAUGUUCCAGCGCUGCUAACCAAAGUUUCAGCUAAAGUGUGCGGGUUGGCCUCCGCGGCCAGCACGAAUAACAGCGCGAAUUCGGAUAUGCUUUUGAUAGUGCGCGACCAUCUGGACGAUUUGAAUCGCGUCGAAAGCGAAUCACAGCAACACACUUCGGCAGCUGCUUUCCAUCUAGCCGCCUUCAUGAAGAGUGUUGCUGGCGUUGAAGCGGUCACUCAAAAUGUCUUCUCCGCCACCGAGUACGCGGCGCUUACACCCUCUGCAGAGACAACGACAUCAACCACGGAUCAUAACUCUGGAAAUAUGGGAUCCUCUGAACCAUGCCAUAUCAAAGAUGAACGCAUGCCAACAACAUCGCAGCAUCUGCCUACAAGUUCAGCGAACGGUCUUGUGCACUCGGCGACGAGCGCUUUCAGCUCGUGUGCCCCCAGUCACAAGACUGCCGCACACUUGACCAGCACUGACGAUUUGUUGGCCGCGUUGUACGCCAGCGCGAACUCUGCGGCGCCAACCAACUCCAGCACAACUACAACGACAUCUACUUCGAACGCAAGUCACAAUAAUAGUAGUGGUCUGGGCGCUUCCAUAAAUACUCAAUCGCAAAUCGGUUCGUCCCUACUCAACAGCCUAACCGCUUCGCCAUUGAGUAACAAUGCUUCCCAAACCACAGCCGCCUCCGCAGCCGCCGCUGUCGCCUCUUCAGGUACCGCAGGUAGUAAUCAUGGCGGAACAUAUCAAUCGCCGCAUCACACCUCCGCGCAACAACAAUUUCACACGCAUACACAAACACAAGCGACACAAGAUCAGCAACAGGCCGCAGUAGCAGCUGCUGCCACUGCGGCCAUGUUCUAUCAGACACCGCCGCGCACUGCUUUCGGUUCGGCUUUUGAUAUGUUCCACCAUAGCACACCGUUCGGUGUGAGUAGUGGCGCUUCGUUCGGUAGUCCCAGCUAUAGAUACUCGCCGUACAGCUUUGGCAGUAGGUGGCAAUUGUAGUUUGGUUUGAGCACCGAGGUGCAGAUCUUUCGAUUUACUGAAAGUUGGUAGAGCCGCCUUAGCCUUAGGUCGAUAUAGUGUUUAGUCUAGUCUAAUACUUCUAAGCUGUUCUCGUAAGUGUUGCUAUGCGACGAAGCGCAGUCGAGUGUUGAACUCGGCGGUACAAACAGAGCGUAGAAACAGGUCGUUUCGAACAAAUUGUAAUUACAUUUUUAGUUUAGCCAUCGAACGCUGUAAUUUAAAUGAUUAGUUGUAUAUAUUUUGUUAGACGUUGCAAUCAUAUAAUUAAAAAGCAGAAACGUAUUAAUUAGCUACAUCGUACAUAGGGUGUAAUGUAUGUGUAUACUAUGUUUAUGUGUAAGUACUAGUGUGCAGUAUAUUUAUAGCGAUAUGGAGUACCUUUAGUGUGCCUAAAAUGCCUAAUCAAUAAUGAUCGUAUGACUUAAUCCUUAAGCGCUAACUUAUCUAGUUAUUUAUUAUUUUAGAAAAUAAGUCUAAUUUAUUCUAGCUCUAGUUUUGGUUAAACGUUGAAGAAUGAGAGGAGUAGGAGGAAGAUGAUGAAAGAAAUAUUAAAAAUAUAAACAUUGUUGCUUGAAAAAUUAAAUUCUAUUUUGGUAUUUUUACUUGCUUUACUAUCUCAAACUGGCUUAGAAAGAAAUUUUAAGAUUUUCCUUUUAAAAAAAUUGAAGCUGUACGAAAUUUUGAGCUGAUUUAAUUACUAACUUUUGACUACAGGCCAGUGCAAUA